GCCGGAUCCCGCGGUGCGCCUGGAUGGCAGGUGCUUCAUGGAGCAAGCCAACUUCUACGAGGUGGAGUCGCGGCCCCCGCUGAGCAGCGGCCAGCACGCGCAGCUCCAGAGCCCCGCGCCCGGCAGCGCCUACAGCUACAGAGAGGCCCCCUCGGCCGCGGCACCUGCUGCGGGCGGCGCGGAGCUCGGCGACAUCUGCGAGAACGAGAACUCCAUCGACAUCAGCGCCUACAUCGACCCGGCCGCCUUCAACGACGAGUUCCUGGCCGACCUCUUCCAGCACAGCAAGCAGCAGGAGAAAGCCAAGGCCAUCCUGGCCGGGGAUUUCGACUUCCACAGCAUGCAUGGGGCGGGCGCCGCCGCCUCGGCGCCGGGCCACCCGCCGCAGCACCCGCAGCAGCCGCUCUUCGGCUGCAUGGCCGGCUACAUGGACGGCAAGCUGGACCCGCUCUACGAGCGCAUCGCGGCGCCCGGCCUGCGGCCGCUCGUGAUCAAGCAGGAGCCGCGCGAGGAGGAGGAGGUCAAGGCGGCGGCGCUCUCGGCCCUCUACCCCCACCACGCGCCGCCGCAGCACCCGUCGCACCUGCAGUACCAGAUCGCGCACUGCGCGCAGACCACCAUGCACCUCCAGCCCGGGCACCCCACGCCGCCGCCCACGCCCGUGCCCAGCCCGCACCACCCGCACCCGCCCGGCGCGCUGCCCGCCGCCGCCGGCGCCCUCAAGAUGCUGCCCGCCGACCACCGCGGCAAAUCCAAAAAGACAGUGGACAAGAACAGCAACGAGUACCGCGUGCGCCGCGAGCGCAACAACAUCGCGGUGCGCAAGAGCCGCGACAAGGCGAAGCAGCGCAACGUGGAGACGCAGCAGAAGGUGCUCGAGCUCACCACCGACAACGAGCGGCUGCGCAAGCGGGUGGAGCAGCUCAGCCGCGAGCUCGAGACUCUGCGCGGCAUCUUCCGGCAGCUGCCCGAGAGCUCCCUGGUCAAGGCCAUGGGCAGCUGCGCCUAGAGCCGCGGCCGCUCCGCGCUCGGACUCCCCUCCCGGCCCGGAGCGCCGCGCUCCGCCUCCCCUCUUCCAGUAUUGCUUUUUUUUUUUCCUUUUUAUUUUUGUUUGUUUGGAACAAUUAACGACCAAUCAAAGAAGCCAGGCAGCUCUAGUAGUAUUACGAGUUUUGUGCCUUAGGGGGUGACACACGAAUAAGCUGAAAAAACGUGGUGGGUUUUGUAAGGAGCAAGGCGAAGGGAAGGAGGAGAAGAAGAAAAAAAAAAAGCCCACGUGUCUACACAGGGUAAAUAAUAAUAAUACUAAUAACAAAGCACACAUUGCAAACCACGUUGUGCCUUAAAAGCUGCAGGAGCUCGGGGCUCUCUGCCCCGCACAGCCUGGCCGGGCUGGCACAGGACGGUCCCGCUGGCCAAGCCGGGGCCAUCGCGGGCGCAGGCGGCGGGUGCCCAGCGCGGACCUCGGUGUUCGGAGCACCGAGGCACGGGAGAGGCUGCGCCCAGGACUGUCCCGCACCAGCUCCGCGACCCCCGCAGCUCCCCCCGGCCACGGGCAGCCCAGGACUGCGGCUCGCGGGGGAGCAGCGCGGUGCCGCCUCCCGCAAGCCCAGAGCAGCGGUGUCUUGUACUGUAUGUCGUGACAUGGCGAAGCACAAAUGAAUAAAUACCUAUCGAUGCGGGUAUUUACUAUGAACUUCCAGUGUAUUUUGCUUUAUUCCAGGACAUCCAGCUCCUCUCCAAGUCUCUGUCUGUCCGAGCUGUGCCUCAUGUAAUGUGAAAGCCUUUCCGUGUAUACUAGCUACACUCUUAUUUUUAUUGCAUUACUUAGAUUUUUGCCAUCACACAACUUUCUUAUCUGGUGACAGAGACUGUGCCCUUGUGCUGCAACGUU